AAAAAAAAUCCUCCACGAGGCUUUGGAAAAUUGGAAUCGGAAGCCCAGCGUUAUCAAUUCCGAGCAUAUUAAUUAGGCGUAUCCCACGGUUUGGUUCUCUCCAGCUGUUGCAGUGACCAACUUUAUGAGAGCGCUGGAGACAGCAGACUAUUUCUCACAGGCCCACUAUGUUUGGUAUUUCCUACGGAGAGCUCUUCCUCUUGGUCGGUGCCACCGCUGCUCUCGCCCAAAGGAUCUUCCACUUAUUGCUAGAACCGCGGGAAGGUUAGCGGGUCGAGCAAUCGGGUACGUUCAAUUAGCUCGUGGGCAAUUCGAGAAUGUUAUGCAGCAGUCUCAAGCUCGCCAGGUUCACAAAGAACUUCAAGAUACAAUGGCACAACUAGAGGCUAUUCGUUAUGAAAUUCGAAGUAUCUCUCUCAUUAAUCCCGGUCCUUUGACCCGAAGGCUGAUGGACAAUCCUGAAGAUCCUGCUCCUAACAGAAAUUUUGGCGACAGUUUGUCUGAGAAGUGUGAAGAAGAGCAGAAGCCAACAAAUGCUGCGAUGAAGGAUUUUAGUUUGAAAGCCUUAGGUCCAGUUGAUUUGCAUAGCCAAGCAACUGCAUAUGCCAGAUUGGCUGAAUCUGAAGCCAUAAAGACUGGUUCAUUGGAGAGCAGUACAGAAAAAGAGAACCUUAAUGAUGAAGCUAGUCUCUUCACCAUCCUUCCAGUUUCAGCUGAAAGCACUGGGAUGCUACCAGAAAGAAAGGGAAGUGCAAAAGGAGCAGACAUUGUUUUGGAAGCAGUAGUUGAAGCAGAGGUAGCACGUAAUGCAAAAGAUUUCUUUUCACAGCCCCAAAAUCAAAUACAGUGAAUAGGUAGGUAGUUGUGCCUUACUGUGAAUGUUUUGCUUGCUGUCACUGGCUCUAAUGAGAAAGUUGCUCGUUCAUUGUAUAAAACCUAUAUAUAAACCCACCUUAUGCAAGUCAUUAGUGUUGUUAA